AUGGGUCGCGGAACGAGGUUCGGACUUCCUCCCGGCGUUCCAUAUCGUCAUGACGAGUUUAUUGCGUUUCUCUCAGUAUCUGAUGAUGAGCUUGAAUGUGAGAGAAGCGCCGAGGCCAGCCAAAAUUACAAAAUUUCCAAGGAGAUGUUCGGCGAAGCUAAGCUUAUCGAGGAGAGGAGCAAGAUAAUCACAGGCGGCAUGGAGGUCUAUAAGCCAGUUGGUGGAUUUCCUAAGGUUAGUUCAUUUUUAAACUUUAGAUGUUUUAUUAUCAAUAAAUAA